AUGUGGAAAUAAAUAUAAUUAUUCAGUGUCUCUUUAAUAGGUAUACUACUUUUAUAGAUAGAUCUAACAUCUGUAUACUGCAGUCUACUAAUAUGCAGAGUGGCCCGGAAGGCACUGAAGGACCUACCAGUGAAGAUAUUCUCAACUUGUCACCACUAGCUGCAGUCCUCCCCUCUACACUGAUACCAGUACUCGGUCUCUGUGCAGCCAUGAUUGGGAUUAUAUUCUACAUUUUGAGCUCCACCCCUUUUCUUGGAAGCCCUCCUUGCACUGAAGCAAUCAGCUUAGCCUCGAACGGAAGACACAGUUUGUUUUCGAGGAGCCGUUGCAAUGAAGUCACUGUGCAGCAACCUAGCGGGAUCGUGGUGUCUGACAGCAUUGUGUUGGAAAAUCGACUACAUUCACAGAAUGUCAUAGGAGAGAAAAGUUCCACCCCAAGUACUCCAUCAGCUGAGAGCUACUCUGGACACUUUAAGUUCCAUCCUUCCAUCCGUACACGGUCACACUCCCCGCGCAUCCACCACCUCCCCCCACCCACUCAAACUUGUCAAGACCCCCCACCCACACAACAUACCAGGAUCAAAAGUUGUCAUAGCGACUCAGAUGGAUUAAUCAAUGUCCAUCCCCAUAUUGCUUCAAAAAUGCCCAAAUCAAAAUCAUGCCACGAUCCCUUCAAUUAUGGACUGCAUCCUAACUCUAUGGUCAUUCACACGACAACUAGACUUUCGGGGACCAAUCUCUCUCAACAGAGUAGCCUUGCUAGCCACACCCCCAUUCAAGUGGUGAGCGGUGCUUCCUCCCCUGCUAGCAAGCGUGGAUCUAUCAUCAGGCAAGUCAUUGUGUCGACACGAUCAUCCCUGAGUGGUCACUUGAUUGCCAGUGAGCAUGUAACUUCUGUCUAGAACUCUUUUACACAUGCACUGAUUCUGUUGUUGUCCCUGUAUCCCAUUACACAUUGUACAGUUCAUAUAAUUAUAACUGUUGAUUUUUGUGUUUA